AGCGGCGUUUUCUUUUCAUUCCUUUCCGGUCUUCCUGUCAAACGUCGCGAAAUUUUGCCUGCCCGAUCGCUCCGAAUUUUCGCUACUGCAGACGCACCCGAGGCAGCCAAGGAUGGCCAAAAAGAAGGGAGAAGACCAGGACUUUGAGGAGGAGCCCAACUUUGACGAUCCGGAGGGAUUCGUGGACGAUGUGUCGGACGAGGAACUGCUGGGAGACUUCUUGCGGCAGAAGCCGUGCGAAUCGGACGGCGUAGAGAAUGUGAUUGUCGUGGACAACAUUCCGGUCGUCGGUGCGGCCCGCUUCCCCAAGCUGAAGGGCAUCAUCGAGAAGAUCUUCAAGAAUGCCGGCACGAUCGUGAACGUCCACUACCCGAAGGACGAGGAGGACAACACGAAGGGGUACGCGUUCGUCGAGUACAAGAACCAGGAGAGCGCGGAGGAGGCGGUCAAGUCGCUGAACAACUACCGGCUGGACAAGCACUACACGCUGCUGGUGAACCGGUUCGCCGACUUCCAGAAGUACUCGGACAUCCCGAAGGAAUGGUCCCCGCCCCAGCCGCAACCGUACAAGGUGCAGAACGACCUGUACAACUUCCUGCUGGAGGCGGACGCCCAGGACCAGUUCUGCGUGGUGUCGGAAACGGUGCCCGGCUCGGUGCAGGUACAGUUCUGCCAGAACACGCAGCCGGAACCGACGGAGCUGCUCAAGCGCGAGCGGUUCACCGACACGUACGUCAAGUGGUCCCCGAAGGGCACGUACAUCGUGACGUUCCACAAGCAGGGUGUCGUCGUGUGGGGCGGCUCGAGCUUCGUCAAGGUGAACAAGUUCGCGCACAGCAACGCACAGUUCGUGGACAUUUCGCCGUGCGAGCAGUACCUGGUGACGUACGGUCCGAACGGCCAGAAGAUCGUCAUCUGGGACAUCCGCACCGGGGCGGAGAAGCGCACGUUCGUGUCGGACGGCAUGUCGAACGCGUCCAUGCUGCGCUGGUCGCACGAUGACCGGUACGUGGCCCGGCUGGUCGACAGCCAGAUCCAGAUCUACGACACGACCACCUUCUUCCUGCUCGACAUGAAGUCGAUCCGGGUGGAGGGCAUCCGCAACUUCAGCUGGUCGCCGACCGACAACAUCAUCGCCUACUGGGUCGCGGAGGAGGUGGACGUGCCGGCGAAGGUGACGCUGAUGGCGAUCCCGAAGAAGACGGAGCUGCGCACGAAGAACCUGUUCAACGUGGCCGACUGCAAGAUCCACUGGCAGAAGUCGGGCGACUACCUGUGCGUGAAGGUGGACCGGUUCUCCAAGUCGAAGAAGGAGAAGAAGGACAAGAAAGACUCGGACGUGAAGUUCCUCGGCAUGUUCUACAACUUCGAGAUAUUCCACAUGCGUGAGAAGGACAUACCGGUGGAUUCGGUCGAGGUGAAGGAAACGAUCCUGGCGUUCGCCUGGGAGCCGGUCGGCUCGAAGUUCUCCAUCAUCCACGGCGAACCGUCGUCCGCCAACGUGAGCUUCUACGAGACGAACAAGGGCCAGGAGCCGGUGCUGGUGAAGAAGCUGGAGAAGAAGGUGUGCGGCCACCUGUUCUGGUCGCCCCGGGGACAGUUUAUCGUGCUGGCCAAUCUGCAGAUGGGCACGUUCGAGUUUGUCGACACGAACGAUUUCAGCAUCAUGAAGACGGGCGACCACUACCGUGCCUCGGAGGUGGAGUGGGACCCGACCGGUCGGUACGUCGUCACGGGCACUUCUGGCAAGGCUAAGGAAGACCAGGGCUACUACAUGUGGUCAUUCCAGGGGCGCAUACUGAAGCGCGUCAAUCUGAAGAACUUCAUGCUGUUCCUGUGGCGGCCGCGCCCGCCGACCCUGCUAUCGGACGCCAAGCAGAAGGAGAUUCUCAAGAACCUCAAGAAGUACUACUCGCAGUUCGAGAGCAAGGACCGUUUGCGUAUGACGCGCGCAUCCAAGGAGCUGAUCGAGAAGCGUGCCAAGCUGCGCGAGCAGUUCACCGAGUACCGAUCGAAGCGCGUCAAGGAGUGGGAGGACCAGAAGAAGCGUCGCAUGCAGUUGCGAAACAACGUCGACACAGAUACGCUGGAGGCUGAUCCAGAUAAUGUAGAGGAGGAAAUUGUUGAAAUACUUGUACGUGAAGAUACCACCGUCAUCGAGUAAUCCGUAGAAGGCAACGCAACGUCCUCAUCGUUCGGCGUGGUGUGUUUCGGUGGCGUAUGUAAGCAAACCGCCGUCAACAUUCGACCCUUGCGUUGGUGUGACCGCUGCUUUCGUACCGGGGAGCGCUGUCACACGUUCGGGGAUCUUUUACUGCGGUGGGAGGUACGCAACAAGCGACGGAAGAAAGGAAGAGAGUGAAAAGAGGGAGAGGUUGGGGAGGACAGCAUAUUCCAUACACGCCGCGCACACAUCUUCCGCGCGACAUUUGCUUUAACAUUUUAUUGACCCGAGCAACGCAAGAUCCUGUUCUUCGGGCAACGCAGCUAGCAAAAGGAUACGGUUACAGUGUGUGUGUGUGUGUGUGUGCGUACGUGCGUGUGUGUGCAUCAUUUGGAGCGAGCUCCUGAAUGGGCACACGUGUUGUUUCCCGGCGAGAAAAGGAGGCUUUCGUUCAAUGGUGUAUGGGAAGAUCCAGUUCAUAGCAGACAAUUGCAGUUGCAAAGUGACAUUUUGAGGCAACUUCUGCAAUCAUCGUCAUCAUCGGGCAGUAGUCGUGCCGUUAGAAUACCAUCAAUUCCGGUUCUAUUUCGAAGUAGAGUAACUAAACCUAUUCCUCAAGUAAGGUAAUCGUGUACGUACCGUUCAGUAAAAUCGAAAAAAAGCGUACUAUUAAACAGUAUGAUCAUUAAUAAAUAUAAUAUGCUAUUGUACGAUACAUCAUUGGACGGAACAGAA